AUGGCUUCACAAGCAGCGUACGCGGCCGAGAAGGCGAUCGGCCACCAGGGCGAUGCCGUCACGGCGCAGGACGUCACCAACUACAGCAACGACAGCGGUGAGAUGAUGAAGGCUCUCGUGUGGCAGGGCAAGAACAAAGUUGAGAUCGUCGAUGCACCGAAACCAAAGAUCCUGGAAGACACAGACGUCAUCCUCAAGGUCACCGGCAGCACCCUCUGCGGCAGCGACCUUCACCUGCUCCACGGCUCCGUGGUGCAGAUGAACAAGGGCGACAUCCUCGGCCACGAAUUCUGCGGUGUGGUCGACCAGGUUGGCGCAGCCGUCAAGAAGGCCAAGGUCGGCCACCGCUACGUCGCUUCCUUCCAAAUCGCAUGCGGAAACUGCUUCUACUGCAAACAAAAGCUCUCUUCCCAGUGCGAGAGGACAAACUCCAACACGAUGGAGAAGUCCAUGUACGGAUCCCAAACAGCCGGAAUGUUCGGCUACUCCCACUUCACUGGCGGCUUCGCGGGAGGCCAGGCCGAGUACGUCCGCGUCCCCAUCGGCGACGUCAACCUCCUCGAGAUCCCCGACGACGUCCCCGACGAGAAGGCCCUCUACCUCUCUGACGUCCUCGCCACCUCCUACAACGCCGUCAAGGACACCGCCGUCUACCCCAAAGACCAAGUCGCCAUCUGGGGCGCCGGCCCCAUCGGACAGAUGGCCGGAGCUUUUGCCAUUGGAGAGGGCGCGUCGAAGGUCAUCUUCGUCGACACCGAGCCGCGCCUGUCGUACAUCAAGGCCAAGUGGCCGGCCGCGCACCAGGAUAAGCUGGAGCUGAUCGACUUCAAGAAGCUCUCGAGCGGCGUCACGAACAAGGAGACGGUCGUCUCGAGGCUGAAGGAGUUGUGCGGCGGACGGGGCCCGGAUGUGGGUAUCGAGUGUGCCGCGGGCGAGUACCCCAAGGGCUGGCUGCACACCGUCGAGAUCGCGCUCGGCGCCGAGACGGAUACCAGCGAGAUCGUCAACGAGAUGAUUGAGGGCGUGCGGAACUUUGGCCGCUGCGGCAUCACUGGUGUCUACGUGGGCUACACCAACCACUUCAACAUCGGGUCUCUGAUGGAGCGUGGUGUGCGUUUGAUCGGCAACGGACAGGCGCCGGUGCAUCUCUACUGGGAAGACUUGUUGAAGAAGAUCCAGGGCGGUGAUCUUGACGUGUACCAGAUGCUGUCCCACCGCAUCCGCCUGGAGGACCUCGACAAGGUGUACUACAAGUUCGAGAAGCACGAGGACGGGAUUCAGAAGAUUUUCGUGGAGACGAAGUUCUCGUCCCCAAGGGCCGAAGGGUCGCCGGAGCUCACGAGAUACUAA